AUGCGUUCUGCUCUUCUCACCCUUUUGUGCUGCUCUGUUGUCACUGCGCUCACUGGAAAAGAAGCUCUAGCAAAGUGGGGUGGACCUCGAGGUGGAGGGAUUUCCCACGGGGGUAAUAAUAUUGGCAAUGGAGAUGGCGGUGGGAUUACCAUUGACACUGGGGGUGGUGAUAUUGGAGACAUUGGGGUUGGGGUUGGGGGUGGUGGUGGCUGCGACCAUGCCGGUUGUGACGCCAAGGUAAGAUUCGGGAUACCCAAAGAGGUUGCUGAUACUAACAUACUGAUUCAAUUAAGUGCCGGAGAUUAG